AUGCGAAGGCAGGGUCUUCAUUUGAUCACUCUUGGCAGUCCCAAUGGCAAGAAAGUUCAAAUCAUGUGCGAGGAGUUAAGAGAGCACUAUGAUUUCGAUUUUACUUGGACAUUGUUGGAUACUAGAACAAACGACCAAAAGAAAGACUGGUUCCUUCGCUUGAACCCUAAUGGCAAGGUCCCUGUCAUCGUCGACAAUACCAAAUCGCCACCUUUCCCAGUCUUUGAGACUGCCGCUGAACUUCUUUACCUUCUUAAAGAGCACGAUAAAGAUGAUGUCUUUGGAUUCAAGGAUGAAUACGAGAGAUCUGAGUGCUUGCAAUGGCUGUUCUUUUGGCAUGGUGGAGGAGGCCCAAUUCAAGGUCAAAUGACUUUCUUCGGCACGAAAUUAAAGCAAAAGGAAGAAUUUGCUACCCAAAGAUUCAAGACCGAAGUUCUACGGACAUACAACGUCAUUGAAAUCCAGCUUUCAGGGAAGUACACAGGUCAGGAGAAGAAAUACCUUGCUGGUAAAGGAGAGGGCAAAUACUCGGUUGCUGAUAUCGGUGCAUGGCCAUGGGUUAGCGGAUGGGGACACAGCGGCCUCAUCUCAAAGGAAGAAAUGGACGCUUAUCCACAUUUGUUGCAAUGGAUUGAUCGCAUUCGAGAACGUCCUGCCGUCCAGAAAGGAUCCGAUAAGAAGUACAUGUUCCAGGGACCAAUUUCAUAG